AUGGAAUUACUUUUAGGCAUAACUUUAGGGUUACUAUUUAUGAUUUUAGUACUUUAUGAUCAGUCCAACACUUUAAAAUUUUAUAUUAAAUUUGGCGUGUACUAUGGACUUAUCACUGCAUUGGCAUUACCAAUUAGUUUAGUGUGUAUAUUUAGACCUGCAAAUGUGAAAAAUAUAUGGAUUGUGGUAUCAUGUAUGAAGAUGAUCAGAAAAUUGUUUGGUAUUGAAAUAGAGGUACGUGGUAGAGAGCAUUUAAAAUCAGAAGAACCAUACAUUCUAGUCAGUAAUCACCAGUCAUCUUUAGAUUUCUUUGGAAUGAUGGAAAUAUUUCCGGAAAGGUGCACAAGUCUGGCGAAAAAGGAAUUAUUUUAUGCGAUAUUUUUUGGUGUGGCAGCGUGGAUGUGUGGUACUAUAUUUAUAGAUCGUUUGAACCAUGAUAAAGCAUUAGGCACACUUGAAGCUACAGCCAAAAUUAUUAAAGAAAAAAAAUUAAAGGUGUAUAUUUUUCCUGAGGGUACUAGAAAUUCAGAAUCUGGGAUGCUACCAUUUAAGAAAGGGGCAUUUUAUUUGGCGGUUCAGGCUCAGGUACCUAUAGUCCCAGUUGUCUUCUCCACUUAUUCUGAUUUUUAUUGUAAAAGAGAUAAAAGAUUUGAAGCUGGAAAAUGCGUCAUUCAGUGUUUACCAAAAAUAUCCACGAAAGGUCUGACGGCAGCCGAUGUUGGAGAAUUAACAGAAAAUGUACGAAAAGACAUGCUGGACGUCUUUAACCAGAUAUCAUUAGAAAUGCGACAACCAAAGUUAAUCAACGGUUUUAAAUAA